AUGCAGGCGAAGGUUUCCUUGCCCAGCCUAGUCCUGAGGCGUCGCCAAGGCAGCGCGUCCAGCGCUGCUGCCUGCCCCCAGGAUGAAGAGGACCUUGCUGGCAUGCGGGUUGGCGCCUUGCGCAUGAUGCAGCAUGGGGCUGGGCGGAGCAUCAAUGGCCGCUCUGCGCCCCGAAGAAAACCCAACUGGGUGGCUUGCCUCGAGGAUCAGACCAAAGAAGUCAAGCGGUCCAACGUUGACGAGAGGCAGUUCUUGACCAAUGACGCUGACGGGAAGACGGUCUUUGAUCGAGCGAAAAACGCUUCGAGGAACAGACUCCAGCGAAGUCUUGUGGCAGCAUCCGAGUAUCAAAACAACAAGGAGAACCAGUCUGAUCUCUCGUCAGCAAAGCCAAGAAUGGAUGACCGAGAUUUGGAGGACAUUGAGCAAGAGGUGGAGGAGCAAAUUCAGAUAGCAACAGCCAAUGGAGAGUUCGACAACGUGGAAGGCAAAGGAAAGCCAUUGAAGAGUUUGCUUGGCGGUGACAAUCCAUAUUUGGACCAAGCUGACCGUGUUGGCUAUGGUUUGUUGAAAAAACAUGGUUUCGCCCCGGAAUGGAUUGAACAGCAGAAGCGCAUUCACAGCGACUUAGAGCAGCAUGUCAGGCAGCUCUCUGAAGCAUGGGCAGCUAGCAAGUUUGAGCCAACGCAUGCCUAUGUUGCGCAUAAGGACAGAUUUCGCCAACAGAUGGCUGCGCUCAACAAGCGCGUCCGAGACUACAACCUCAGCUGCCCCAAGUUUGCGCAGAUGCUUCCUUUCGACACGGUUAUGGAGGCUCGCAGGGCCAAGCGUGAAGCUGAGGCGCAAGCUCAGAAGGCGUCGGCCAAUUUGGUGAAACAAGGUGGCCAAGCUGCUCGGCAAACCUCGCUUUUGCGUGAGGCUUUGUUCUCUUCGUCAUCAAUCAGGCGCCCUGUUGGAGCCCAGCGUCAGCAAUCAAUUUGGUUGAGGAUGGCCAACGCUUUUAAGUUGGGGAGCUGA